ACAAAACAGUAAAAAACUUUACCGAUUUGUUCGCUGAAGUUUGCCUACCUCCGUGGGCGGGUUGGGGGUGGGGAGGUGGUCCGCUGAUGACCUCACGGUAGAAUGUGGCAGAGCGUCGGCUCUACGAUUCUGAUUGGCCACCCGUGUCCCAGCGGCACUUCAAAGCCGGAGAGGAGCUACAAUUGUGGUGGAAUGGGCGGAACAGAUCAUUGUAUUGCACACCUCUAAAAAAACACUGCUCUGAUUUAUAAAUAUAAAAAGAUCCUCUGAGGAGGGCACUUUUUGUGAUGGCAACUUCACUUCUAGGGGAAGAGCCGAGGUUAGGAUCGACUCCAUUAGCCAUGCUAGCUGCUACCUGUAAUAAAAUCGGCAGUCCAAGCCCUUCGCCAUCCUCUAUUUCGGAUAGCUCCUCGACCUUUGGAAAAGGCUUUCAUCCCUGGAAGAGAUCCACCGCAAGCAGUUGCAACUUGGGCUCCGCUCUGUCUACUUUUGGCGUUUCUGGCGCGUCUCGCAAUGGAGCGGGGCUCACUGAUUCGUUCAGUGCUAAUAGCUCAUCUGGAUCCAGUGCCUUUUCCUUGACUUCUAGCUCCACUACCAACACUCCCUUUGGGAAUGAGUACUCUGUUUUUCAGGCGACUGUUUCCAAUAAUUCACAAGAUGCCAGCCACCAACCUGUUUUUAUUUCCAAGGUACACACUUCAGUGGAUAGCCUGCAAGGUAUAUAUCCGCGGAUGAGCGUGGCGCAUCCGUAUGAGUCCUGGUUUAAAUCUUCUCACCCAGGUAUACCAACCGGAGAUGUGAGUACCACUGGCGCUUCCACUUGGUGGGACGUCGGUGCGGGCUGGAUUGACGUGCAGAAUCCAAAUGGAGCGGCGCUGCAGACAUCCUUGCACUCCGGCGGGCUCCAGACAUCUCUGCACUCUCCUCUGGGAGGUUACAAUUCUGAUUACUCCGGCUUGAGCCACUCUGCUUUCAGCACCAGCGCUUCUCCUCACCUCCUCACUACCGGGCAGCAUCUGAUGGACGGAUUUAAGCCCGUUUUACCAGCCUCAUACCCAGACUCGAGCCCGUCACCUCUAGCAGGCGCUGGGGGCACUAUGCUAGGAGGAGGUCACACAGCCACCCUGGCUGGGUCUCCACGUUCUUCAGCUCGCAGAUAUUCGGGAAGAGCCACCUGCGAUUGUCCAAACUGCCAAGAGGCUGAAAGACUGGGGCCAGCCGGGGCCAGCCUGCGUCGGAAGGGGCUGCACAGCUGUCACAUCCCUGGUUGUGGAAAAGUGUAUGGAAAAACAUCCCACCUCAAAGCCCAUUUGAGAUGGCACACGGGGGAGAGACCUUUCGUCUGCAAUUGGCUUUUUUGCGGCAAACGCUUCACGAGGUCCGACGAGCUGCAGCGGCACUUGCGCACACACACCGGCGAGAAAAGAUUUGCCUGUCCAGUGUGUAAUAAGCGCUUCAUGAGAAGCGACCACUUGAGCAAACACGUUAAAACCCAUAGCGCCGGAGGAGGUUCGGCGGGCUCAAGCUCCGGGGGAAGUGGGGGCAAAAAGGGGAGCGAUACAGAUAGCGAGCGCAGCACCCCCGGCAGCCCACAUUGCCACUCCCCAGAUCUUAUACAGCCCCCGGAGGGAACGGUGAUGAAUGGCCACAGCAGCUCAAUCGAGUGAAACCCUGAACAGUCGUAAAUAUGAGACGCACCACCCAAAUUAUUCCUGUAUAAAUUGUAAAUGUUAUAUCCACGGACUGUUUGUUGUGGAUUGUCACAGAGAAGCGGAGAGAAACUUUUACCAAGUCCCUCAAACUGUCAAAACUGAGCUCUCUAAAGUGUGUAGGCCAAAGGAGCUUUAGCGAAAUAAAUAAUUGUAGGUAAGGCUACCGUUCAUAAUGUAGGCUCCGAAAGCCUUUCUGGUCUUGGAAAAUAUUUUAUUAUUGUGGUGUAAUACGUUUUAUUGGACCGACGUCAAUCUGUUAUCCUGUUCAGCACACAUUUGAUCAAUAAACUUCAAUGGCUUUAAAAGCUCAGCAAGAAACAGUUAUAUUUGUUUUACUGUGGGUACAGCAGGAUGUGACAUAACCCUCUUUACUGUAAGGGAGUUGUGCGUGUGUGUGUGUGUGUGUGGGGGGGGGGGGGGGGUGUAAUUUUAUUUUCAUAUUUGCUGAUUUGUAAACCUUCUCUCAGCAGAAAUAUUUCAAGCUGUGUUCUUUUUAAAAUACAUUUUACCGGUUUUCGGUACAUGCAGUAACAUUUGCAUUAUUUUUAAAUUGAAAAUAUUGCGACCUUUCAUUUAGGCAAAAAAAGUAUUAAAACAAUACUUUUUCAAAGACGUUUUGCUGCGAAAGGUACAUUUUGGGAAUAAGCUUUUUUGUUGUUUUUGCUGUGCAUAGAGGUUUGAUUAUUCUCGCAGAGAGAAAAGAAACUUUUAAACCAGUUUUAAUACAUGUUACCGAUCUUCCGUGAAACUGCACUGGCCCCGGUUAUCUGGAACACACGCAAACACACAGAGGCCAAACUUUAUAAAACAUCUGCAUUGACAGUGUGCCCUCAGUUUUAAAAGUGAAUUAUUUUGUACAUCACUUGAUCAAGGACUACAGAGUGGAUCACACAGAUUGUGCAAAAGAUUACCUUUUACACCGUUUCUUUUAAUAAAACGCACAAAGAUUCAAAAAACGAAUUUUUACUAUCUUUUUACUAAAAUAUUUGGCCCUACUUAAGACAUGUAAGGCUAACCAAAAUGGGCACUUUAUUACUAAAAAGUUUUAACGGAUGGUGCGAAUAUUAAUAAUGCAUCUAGUGACAUUCUAAAAUGUUGAUUUCAAAAAUUCUGUCAGUUGUACAGUUCUAAACAUGUUUUGGUUUGUCCUUUAUCUACCUUUGAUUUCGCGUGUUUUAUAUACGAUGUGUCUUUUUUAACCUAUGUACAUUUUGAACGUAUUUUUUCUAUCAAAUUUUAUCUUCUGCAUAACAGUGAGUUCCACUGUAAUUUCAUUUCAAGAGGAAAUAAGAGUUUUAAAUCGUUUCCGACAGUGACUUCGCACUUUUCAUCCAUAAUAAUAAUAGUGGGAUCAUGAGGACAGAUUAGCACAUCUUGGAGCACCACUGUUAAAGUGUGAAAUGUAUUUGUCCAGGAGACGAUUUUGUAUAAUAUGUUCUUGUAAAUUGCUUCUAGUAAAUAUUUGAAUUAUAUGGGAAUUCAACUUUUUUUGGUCAAAAAUCAUUAAAAAAUGAUAAAGAAAUAAAAAAAAAGAGGUUAUUGUCAGAGUACUAUUUAAGUAGCCUACAAGUUGGACUUGUAUCUUGAACUGUAUAUCAAAACGCACUUUGGGGAAUUUGUUCAGUGUAUAGGAAAAUAUAGAUCUGUAAUAUGCAGACAUAUUUGAUAAAUAUUUAAAUGCAAUUAAUUUAAUUGAGCAUGUUUACUUGUUUGCAUAUGCUUACAGUCAAGAUAUAGUUUGCAUUUCUCCUAUAUACUUUAUAACAGUGGGCUUUUAAAACAGAAGGCUUCUAUCUAAGUCAGAAUGAAUCUGUAAAAAAAAAUCAUGAGUUUAUUUGCCUGCGGCACAAUUUCGAAUCUACAGGAGUUAAAGGAAUGAUUAAAAUGCAACAGUUUAAUUAAAUAUUAUUUAUUAGGAGAAUUCUGCAAACAACGUUUUUCCUAAUUUUCAAAAAUCAGCAUUAAAUGUAUUUCUAUAAAUACUGGAAAUAAAUGAGUUUUAAGUUGAAAACAGUUCAUUUUUCAUUAUUUUAAUUUGUGUAUUGGAAAUGCGAAUGUUGCAUUUCAUUAAUAGUUGUACAUUUUAUUUAUUAAACAUUUUUAGAAACAAAUUCGGUGUACAUGUUUCCCAAUAUGCUUUGUAUUAUUACAUUGUUUAGAUUUUUUUUUCAGGGGUUGUACUUGUAAAACUUUGCCCUGAGUGAGUACUGUGUUUUAAAGUUUAAAAACAGUUUCCGUAGCAAAAAGUAAAAUGUGUACAUUUUGCACUGAAUGACUCGGGCCUUUCCUAGUUGCAUUAAAAUGAGAAAUGGUUUUAAGUAUCAUAUUGAAAAGUAUGCAAUUAAAGAAGAAAGAAAACAAAAAACGUACUCCUCGCAGUUAAAAAAAAAUACAGCGGCAUAUUCAGCUUGUGUUGAAAAGCGAGAAAUGUGUCUAAUCUGCUGCAGCUCUACACAGCUCUGAGAAUACAUUUUUCUGAUGCAGUUAAUGGAUGUUUGAAUGGUGGCUUAUCAAGUACAGCCAUAUGGGGAACAUAUGUUACUUCACAAGUGGAAAAAAGGAAAGAAAAAGAAAAAAUAUAUGUUAAAACAGUGGUUUCAUGAAUUGUAAUGUAUUUUUAUUCAUAUUCCAGAUACUACCGUAAACGCUUUCGUGCUCUGUUUUUCGUUGUAGAUACAA